AUGCCCCUCCUCUUGACAAGCUUGAUCAACGUGACAGGAGAGUUCCUGUAUCCCGCCUAUUGCAGCUACAAAGCCCUUGCGCGGCGACAGGGUGGCGCUAUAGCAGGCGACGCCGAACUGGAACGCUGGCUCCAAUACUGGGCGCUCGUGGGCGCAUGGACAGCCCUCGAGGGUGCAGUAGGAUGGAUCCUAAGCUGGCUGCCGUUCUACACGCUCAUCAAAACUGCCGUCUUCCUCUACCUCGCCAUCAGCUCGACCGGCACGCCGUACAUGUACAACGCGUUCCUGGCCCCGCUGUUUGCCGAGCACGAACCCAUGAUCGACGAGUUCAUCGGUAGUAUUCGCGGACAGGCAGGCGCACAUGCUCGCGGCGGAGUUGGAUGGGUCUAUGAGCGCGUCCGCGCCAUGCUCGGCCAGGCAGACUACCUCAGCCAGGCGGGGCAGCAGCAGCUCGGCAUGAGGCCCGGCUCGUUCUCGGGCGGCCCCUCUGGACCAUCUACUAUGCCCCAGCCGCCGACGCUCGCUGAUCCGGCCAGCGCCGGAAUGCAGCAUGCCGCGGGUAUGAUCCAGGGCCUCGCGAGCCGAUACCUCCCUUCUGCACUUGCUGCUGUAUCCGCCGCGGCUGGUGGCGCGCAGGCAACGGCUGCUAGAGGGUUCGACGUGCCCCCGCCCCCUGUGCCGCCCAAGUUUGACGUCCAUGAGGCUUCGCCACCUGUUCCCCAGCCUCCAUCGCAGCUCGCGGGGUCGCGCGCGUUCCAGUACGCUUCCGAGGACGUGUACGGCUCGACCCGGGUCCAGGGUGGGGGCGCGCGUGCGCGGACCCUCGACGCGUCACGCACGUCGUCGGACGGUUCGCUUAGCGGGGCGUCCAACCUCGGCGCGUCGUUCACCGAGAUUAGGCGCGAGGAUGUCGUCGGCGCUGACAUCCGUUUGGAUGCCAACAGGCGCACGUCGAGCUCGUCGUGGGUGCCCUGGGGUGGACAAGCCACACCCAAGCCGACCGACAAGACACAGUGA